CACUUUCCCUCCUAUUCCAUCCAUCAAGAUAACAAGAAAACAAAGAUCUUCGUUUCUGACCGUUGGAUUCAGAUCAGAUGGACGGCGAGAAGGAACACCACCACCACCUCUUUCACCGCCACAAAGACGAGAAACCGGCGGAGGAGACGGGUUACGGUGGCGGUGAGUACACCGGUGGGUACGGUGACACACAAUCAAAGUACUCGAGCGGGGGCGGUGACUACACCGAAGGUUACGCUAACACGCAGUCGAAGUACUCCACUGAAGGCGGUGAGUUCACCGAAGGGUACGGUAACACUCAGUCGAAGUACUCGACUGGGGGUGGUGAGUAUACCGGUGAGUAUGGUGGGACAGAGACCAAGUACUCGAGCGGGGAAGGAGGUGACGGUGAUUAUAACUCCGGUUACGCGAACCCUGAGUAUGGAUCCGGAGAAGGUAAGUAUACCGGGGAGGAGUACAAUAAGGAGGAGGAGCGGGAGAAGUAUAAGAAGGAGGAGAAGCACCAUAAGCACAAGGAGCACCUCGGUGAGAUGGGCGCCGUCGCAGCCGGUGCUUUCGCUCUGUAUGAGAAGCAUGAGGCAAAGAAGGAUCCAGAGCAUGCACACAGGCACAAGAUAGAGGAGGAGGUAGCAGCAGCUGUGGGAGUUGGCAGUGGAGGUUAUGCAUUCCAUGAGCAUCAUGAGAAGAAAGAAGCCAAGGAGGAUGCUGAAGAGGCUGAGGGCAAGAAGAAGCACCACUUCUUUGGAUGAAUAUAUAUAUAUAUAUAUAUAUAUAAUCAUCCUUCUUCUUCUUCUUCUUUAUAAUAAACUGUCAUCUAUAUUAUAUAUUAUCAUAUAUAUAUAUAUAUAUAUAUAUACACACUACUUCUCCUUUUGUUGUAUGUUUGGCAUUAUGUAUGUAUGCUUGUGUAGUUUAUUCCUAAUAAGGUCUGUUGUAUCUUGUUCUUGAUCUUUGUUAUAUGUAUCUUGCUGCAGCUUGUUGCUGUUAUUUAUUUAUGUUAUUUAUUUGUGGAGUUACUUAA